UUCGAAAUUCGUUCGGCAAACAACUCAAUAGAGUUUCAAAAUUAAUCGUAUUAAUUUUUCUAAUAUUGCAAUAAACUAGAAUAGGAACAUGGCGCGUAGACCUUUAGGCCCUGGUCCCGGCGCUUACGGUUUGCCCACAACCGUUGGCUAUGAGAAGCACGAUAAUCGUAAGCAGCGUAUGCCUCAAUACUCCUUCGGGGCCCGCACGAACAUGCUGGGUGCUGAACCUGGACCAGGACCAGGCGCCUAUCAGGUAGACAAGUUAACGCGCUAUGGCAAGGGUGGCGGCUUACAAUACUCUAUAGCCCCCAUGACAAAGAUUAUAGACAAAAGAGUUGGUCCUGGUCCGGGAGCACAUGAUGUUCAUAUCAAGCCAUUCUUCAAGGGAGUUGAUGCACCAGCUUUCUCAAUGGCACCACGUAAUGAUUAUAGUUUCAAGAAGUAUGGACCCGGCCCAAGUGCUUACAAGUUCGAGAUCCAGCCCAUAAGACCAAAGGCACCAGCCUACAGCAUGGGUAUGCAAACCAAGCAAAAUCGCAAAGGAGACUCGCCAGGACCGGCGGCUUAUGCUGCCGGCGAUCUGAAUCUCAAGCUAAAUCGAGCACCUCAGUACUCAAUGAGGCCAAUUUGUAAUGUACGAAGACAAACCGUUGGUCCUGGUCCUAACUAUUAUGAUUUGAUGUAUUAUCGUCCUGGCAAGACUGGACACGCCUACUCAUUCGGCACGCGCCAUUCGCCAUAUGCUCCACCCAUGGUGGUCAGAUGUGAUAACAUGUAGUGUUGCAAUAUUAGAGAAAAUUAUGUAAUCGCGAUAUAAAGUAGUAAUUAAAAUGUAUAGUGCAAAUUUGAAA